AUGACUAUAAUAGUGUUUUUAAUUGAUACAUCGGCGUCGAUGUUGCAAAGGACCUACAUAGGAGGCCGAACGACCCUCUUGGACGUUGCCAAGUCUGCCGUUGAAACGUUUGUUAAAAUUCGACAAAGAAGCAUAGACAGUCGAAUAGAUAGGUACAUGCUGUUAACUUUUGAAGAAACUCCUAGUAAUAUCAAAGCAGGUUGGAAAGAAAAUUUGGCUACUUUCAUGAACGAAUUGAAGAAUCUACAAGCGUAUACUCUAACAACAAUGGGAGUUGCAGUUAAACAAGCCUUCGAUAUAUUGAAUAUCAAUAGAAUGACAUCAGGAAUAGAUACCUAUGGUCAAGGCAGGUGCCCAUUCUUUCUCGAAACUGCUGUAAUCGUAUUAAUAACAGACGGAGGGAAAUUAACCACAAUUAAUGGCGUACAAGAGGAAUUUAAUUUACCAAUGAAUUCGCCCAUACCCGGUUCCGAAAUGACUAGAGAACCAUUCAGAUGGGACCAGAGGUUGUUUGCUCUCGUAUUAAGGUUAACAGGAACCCCCGCAGUCGAGAGAGAUACUGGUCUAGUACCCAGCGAUAGUAGUCCCAUAGACGCCAUGUGCGAAGUAACCGGCGGUCGAUCGUACUGUAUAACAUCCCAUCGAAUGUUGAACCAAUGUAUAGAUAGUUUAGUACAAAAGGUUCAAAACGGUGUGGUGAUCAAUUUCGAGAAAAUCGGGCCGGAUCCCCCUCCUCCUCAGGAAGACGGCAAGGACGACAACAUGAAGGAAAACGAAUACCCCGAUAUGAAUCCCGAUCGAAACCCCAACAUGCCGGUGAACACCUCGUGGCACAAUUGCAGGAAAAUGAUAUACGUACCCAAAGCUAGUAAAGCCUACUGCGUCGGUUACUGGCCGAUUCCCGAGUCUUUUUGGCCCGAAGCGACCGGUACGGCGUUGCCCCCGAGAUCGGCCCAUCCGAACAUAAAAUUCGCCUGUACGAAUUCCGAGCCGUUGGUGAUCGAGAAUCUGCCGUUCGACAAAUACGAGCUGGAACCAUCGCCCCUUACGCAGUUCAUUCUAUCCAGGAAACAGCCCAAAACCUGCUGGCAAGUGUUUGUAGCUAACAGUUACAAGAAUUCUGAGGUGGGACACCCGUUUGGGUAUCUUAAAGCUAGCACUAAUUUAACCUGCGUGAAUCUGUUUGUGAUGCCUUAUAAUUACCCUGUAUUGUUGCCGCUUUUAGACGAACUAUUCAAAAUCCACAGAUGGAAACCCACAAAUGAAUGGAGAACGGCCUUUCAGAAUUACACCAGAACCUUGCCGGCUUAUUACGCAGGACCGUUACGUAGAGCACUCACCAGAAUGGGUACCCCAGUGGCCUUGGCUCAAACUCUAAUACCGGAAAAUUCCGAGAACGGCCUCAGCUUUUCGGUAUCCAACUACCUAAAGAGGCUGAAGAAUCAAGCGAAAGUCGAAUACGAUAAAAUGUGCAACGAAAUCAUCCAGCGGCAAGCCAACAUGAACGGUUUGAAGACCAAUUUCAACAGCCCCGAGCAAAUCCGCGUGCUGCCGAAAGUGACCUUAAAGAAGGACUUGGUGAGCCAUCCCCUGCUCAUGGACAUGUUCGUCUCGCAAAGGGGCCAAAUCGUCGAGCAGGGCAGCCCCUGGACGUGCACGCUCGACAAAGAAAGACAAUCGGUCAGCUUCAAGAACCCUUUCGAUAUACCGAGAAACCGGCUAAUACAACAGGUGGUGCGAAUGCGCAACAACAUCCUGCAAUCCGAUUGGUUGUCGCUCGAUCAAGACAGCGCCCACUCCUUGCCCAUAUCCCAAAUGGGCAACUACCAGGAGUACCUGAAGAAGCAGACUCCGCAGUUGAGGGAAAUCGAAUCGGCGCCCGUUAGACAACACAUGUUCGGCAAUCCGUUUAAAAUCGACAAGAGAAUGAUGGUGGACGAAGCCGAUAUAGACCUAGUGGGAUCCCCGACGGGAGCGAAUAGGAACAACAAGCGACCGAAUCCCGCUGUAGAUACCAUCACCAGGUUACCGUCGAAGCGUAAACCGGGACCGCUACCCAAGAACUACUCGUUUUCGAGGCCUAGUAUUGAUAUAUCGGCGCCCCCGAGUCCCCAACGAUCUCCUCUAUCGUCUCCGGUUCCUUGGUUGAAUUCCAUCGAUAAGGAGAUUCCUCGCUUCGAGGACUUCCCGGCGCUGAUCAACGGCGUGGAGGGCGCGACGAGCAGCCCGUCGGCGAGCGAGCGCUCGCGGUCCCCGUCGCCGACGAAUCUGCCGCACGAGCAGCCCUCGUACAGCGUCAGCGAGACGAGCUUCGUCUAUCGCUCGAACUGCAACAGUUUGAACUACACGAUGGCGAACGUGUUGGACACGACCACCACGAAUUCGACGGGGGACUUCUACAGCGGCAUCUCCGCCACCGACGACAAGCAGAUAUCGCAGAUACUCAAAGAGGCCAAUCUGAAUCACAACAGUUUUUCUACGAACAGUUUGGUGCAACACGAGAGCAAGGUUAUUAAGGUGGAGAAAGAAGUGGAAGAGGAGAAGGAGGACGAGAAGGAGAUCGAAAACAGGAACCUGGAGAUUCGGGAGAAUUUGAACAAGUUGGUUCGAAGGCCGGGUAAAAACUACACCGAGUUGUUCGAGAGCAUCAAAACGCUGAGGGGCGACAUCGAUAUGCAGAUAAAAGUGAUCAAGUUGAUAAUCAAAGAGUCGUUGAGAUUUAAACGGAGGAAUUUGGCCGAUAUGCUCGAAGAGCACAUAAGAACUUUGAAGUGA